AUGUCGCAGCCUGGCAGUGCGGAGGCGGCAGACGAAGAUGAUGCCGAGGAGGAACCCGCUCAUAUGAGCGACUUCCUGGCAGACGAUGACGACAACGACGAACAGCACCCUUCGUACCUAGACGACGGUGCUGGCGAGCCAGACGAGGAAGAGGAGCUUCUUCGUGAUCCGGCACCUGGUGGAUCGAUGGCUCGCGGCCGGCAAGGGCCCAGGUCUUCCCCCUCUUCGGCUGGAUCGGAGAGUUCGAGGAAGAACAAAGCUGUGGCGCCGGCUGGAACCGAGAAGAGCAAGGAGCGUGCCCAGAGGCGACCCCGCGGGAACUUGCCGCAGGCGCCUAGUUUCGACGGCGACCGUCGCAAGGACCCGAAGUGCUUCAGGAAGUACGCUACUAAGGUGGACUCUUAUGUGGAGAUCGCCAAGAAUAUCAUCGACGACGCCGAGAUCGGGCUCAGGCUCCAUGCGGCGCUGGACGGUGAGGCGGCGGACUACCUGGAGGACGUCCCGGCGAAGGUCUUCGGCGUCGACAACGGUUGGCAGGUGCUCCUUAAGCUCUUGCGGGACAAGUUCGACGAGAAGAGGAUGCACAAGGUGGGCUCGGCGAUGAAAGGGUUUUUCAAGAUGAACCUGUCUGACAAGGCCUACACCAUGUCUGAGGUGGUGGACUUGAUGGACCGAGCUGCCCGGCGGUGCCGCGAGUCGAACUUGACGAUCCCGGACGAGGUCAUGGUUUUCUUCUUCUUCGAGCACACCGCUAUGUCAACGGAGCGGCAGGCGAACCUGCUUUUGCGGACUGGCGGCGAGUACAACUGGAAGAAGAUGAAGCAGGCAGUGGAGUUGCUGUACCAAAACGUGACCGUCAAGGCGGGUCGGGAUCGUGAUGCAAACCAAGGCGGCUUCCGCGGCCGACAAAGGGCUGCACACGAGACGCAUAACACGAAUGAGUGGAAUGCGGACCUUUGGAGAAUUCCCGAGCCCCACGCCUCGGAGGAGCAAAUCGGCAACUGGCUCUACGACCACGACCCCGUGGAGGCCCUCGCCGAGGUGGAGAUGACGGAGAUCCCAGAGUCUAUGGCGCGCGAGUUGCACGCGUGUUUCGCUUCGCAUCGGGAGAACCGUCAACGACUUGCUCGUGCAGUGCAAGCCCGCGGCUACUACGUUGGUGGCGGCAAAGGCAAGAGCAAGUCAGCCGACAAAGGCAAGGGCAAGUCAUCCGACAAAGGCAAGGGGAAGUCCAAGAAGGGCGGUGGCAAGGCGCGCGGUAUGUCUCUGGAAGAGCUCAAGGCUAGAACAGCCUGUGGGGAUUGCGGCCAGAAAGGACACUGGAGGGGUGACCCUGAGUGCCGAGGACCCAAGAAGGCGAACGAGGCUAACCGUGCUCCAGACGACGGCGCCGAGGACGAGGAGGAGGCCGAUGACUGGUACGGCGAGUACGACGAUGGCUCGUGGUCCCAGUGGGAAGCCCAGCGAUAUGGCUAUCCGGUGCGGCGCUCGACCUUUGAGACAAGGGCUCCGACUCAACCGGCGAUGUCCUCGACCCCUUCGGCUACCCGCUCAUCCGACUUCCUCGCCCACGAGUCCGAGGCCGUGGCUCGAGGUAUUAACCGAGUGCGUAAGAAGGCCGGCAUCCCGCAGGACGUCGAGGCCGCUGAUGUGCGCAAGGCUCUGGCCCAGGACAGCGACCCGAAGGUGACGGACAUCAGGGAGAAUGUCAUCGACCAGCAGCGGGCCGUCAUGGCCGAGAGUCCCAGCGCCGAGGCCGUCGCUAAGGCCUUUGAGCACUUCGGUUUGGAUGUGGUACCCCACUCCCGGAAGGGCGUGCUGGAGCUCUUGCAGGACCCCGACGACGAGCUCCCCGACAUCGAGGCCCUGCGCAAGGUGAUGGCGGUGCGGCGUGUCCCUUGGUCUAUGGUGCUGUGCCCAAAAUCGGUGCCGAGAGGGGUGCAGAGUGCCAUGCGACGACCUCCUACAGUUGAAGAGGGUCGGUGUUACUUGACCUUGGACACGGCUUGCGAGAACAGCGUCUCCGGAACCACGAUCCUGCAAUCGAUUGCGGGCCGUCUGCAGCAGCAGUUCGCGGUGAAGCCGAUUAUCCGGCCCGAGUCUGAGACUUACUGCUUUGGUCCCGGAGAGCCCACCAUGUCACAGGAGCGCUGGAUGGUGCCAAUUGGCAUCAGAGGGCGGCCUUGCGUGAUUGCUACAUCCUCGAUUCCGGACCAGAACGGCUCGAAAAUACCCUUCCUGGCGGGCCAGGACUGGAUGGUGUUCAUGAACGCAUGCUUGGACAUAGGGCGACACAUAGCUAUUUUUCGCGAAAUUGGUGUCCAGGCUCCCCUCUACGUGGACAUCACGGGCCACCUGGUGAUCGCGAUCGAUGAGAUGCCCUCUUCGGGAUGGCCGCAGGACCUUGUGGCGCGGAAGGACGCAUACCCAGGUGUGCUUUUUGAGCAGUCCGGCCGGAACGCGGGUGCCACGGGAAAAGCCAGUGGGAUGGCGAAACACUUCGCCCCCACUCAUGUCUAUGAGCCCAAUGACGCUUCUGAAGGAAGACCGUGCACCGUGGCGGCCGACCACUGGGAGUUCCAAGUGGACAGGCAGAUUUAUGUGCGGCACCACUGCCGCCCACGCACCUUGCUUUUCGCUCCAGGUGAUACUUUGGACGGGCCAGACCCUAAGGACUUGCAGCCUGUUCGCAUCACGUGGAAAGCAGGGGCGGAAGAGCCGGUGUGUGAUGAUUGGGUCAAUGGUGUUGAGGAGGUUUCGGUUCCUUGGGUUGGGGCUACCUACUUUCUUGGCAAGGGCAUUGACAUGUCUCAUGUGCAGUUUGCGCCGGUGUCUGUCGAUGUGCCAGUGCAGUUUGCUGAUGGAUCUGUGCAACAUGUCAAGCCGCAUGAGUUGAACUGCGUGAACCCCAAGAAGGUGCACCAUUUUGACCUUAAGACCACCAAGCCCCCUGAAGCGCCUCAGCCUCUACGGAAAGGGCGAUUUCAUAUCCCGGCGGGUGAGUUCGGCUCCAAGGCAUGGGGCCGAAUGGUGGACGGCCUUUUGGCCCUGAUCGACCUGGUGGCGCGGCACGUCAUGAUGAACAUGGUGGUGCGCAACGUGAAGCACAAGAUGCCCGCGCUCGCCAGUUACACGGAGGCCCUCUACGCGAAGGACAUCCUGCCGGAGACCUUGCCAGCGACGGGACCUCCAGCGACGACGAACCCCAAGGGCCAGGUCCGGAAGGUGGUGACCGGGCCGUACCCCCAGGGCAUCCUCUGGAAUGUGCGCGGCGACACGGCAAUGCGGCCGGGCGCUUCAUGGAGUGCCUCCAGUGCGGGACAGUGUGGUCCGGCCUGCUGUACAAGGUGCCCUACACGAAGGAGGAGAUUCCGGUGUACCCGUACCUCCACGGCUAUCGGCCCACUCCGGGCGGGACCAUCCGAGCUCCUCGAGGCGGCCGUCUUCGCAAGCAAGAGGCCCCCUCAAAAAGCUUGUCCGAAUGCUAUUCGUGCUCUCGCAGCUCGAAUUUCGUCCGGAGCACCUCUCCCGAGCACGGCUACGAGCAGCGAGAGUGGCAAGCCGACUUCCAAGGGGGGUCGGGACCCACCGACGGACGACGAGGAGACGGUCAACCUACGCGACCUAGCCCCGGAGGAGCGCGAGCGCCUCAAGACCAUGGCGGCGCAGCGUCUGGAGGACAAACGCCGCCAGGCGGCGGUCGAUCGCAAGCGGCAGGAGGCGACCUACCACACGGGACGCCAGGACGAGGUGAAGGUGACCUUCGAGGCCGAGCAGGACUCCUGGGAGGCGGUGACAGUGUCUUCCGAGGACCCGGACGCGGACAUGCCGUCGCGGCGAGGAUCGAUGGGAGCCGGUGGCCCCGCACACGGUUCAACUAUGACCUUGUUGAGAUCUUCGGUGGCACCAGCCAAGUAUCACUGCGGGCGGCCCACCAUUGGAAACCUCAAGGUACUGCAGCCCAUCGACAGCCGCUACGGCAUCGACCUUCGACGGCCGGAACAGCGACGUUGGCUGAAGGGCGCCCUCGCCGAGCACAGGCCCCGGCUGGUGGUGAUCGGGUUCCCUUGCACCCCGUGGAAGGCCUUGCAAACGACACAGGCACAACGGCAAGCCCUCCUCGAGGAUGACAAGAUCUUCCAGGAACUCGUGUGCGAGCUGUUCCGUGAGCAGCGCAGCCGUGGCGGACACGUGAUCGCGGAGUACCAGAAGGACCUCGCGAUUAACUUCGACAGCGAGUGCUAUGUUACACCACGGCCCCUUCGCGUCAGGGACUACGCCCGGGGAAGAGACUGCGCCGACGGUGACGCAGGAGGUGAUCCUUUGGAAGUUUUUCCUCCAGCUCUCGGCGAUGCUGUGUGCCGCUCGUACCUGGACCUAGUGGCUACUGAGGACUAUGGGUUUGCAAGCACGUGGGCCACAUCAUCCGAGCGAGCGGUGCACUACGUGGAUGUUAAGCGAGAAGAAGACGCAUGGCGGCCUCUUCUUCAACAAGCCGAGGAACUGCUCGGGCGCAAGGUGCAGGCGAGCUUGCUAGUGCACCCCGACACGGACCUCUACCGGAAGGUCCAAGCUUUGGUGCCGUGGCAGCUGGCUCUGGUCCAGGUGGCACACUUGCCUAAAGCCAAGCGGGUGAAGGCUGGGCUCGAGGAGUGCCACCGUGCUUCGGUGUUGCUUUUGAACGACGACACCAUCGUGAUCGAGACGGAGUAUCUCAAGGAAGCCCAGGCGCCAAGGGAGCGGUUCGUGACGCCGGUGCGCUAUGCAAUCUUUGUGUUGGGCUAUGCGCCGGGCGUGCAGGAGGGGCUUGUACAAGAAGGUCUGGUGCGCCAGGACUUCGCCGGAGAAUGUUGGUUCAUCGGCGGGCCCUUGCGAGAAAAGGAGAAGGCGUUGGCCCGCGCGCUGGUGAGGAUGCAUCGAAACCUCGGCCACCCUCGCAUGGAGGACAUGAUUCGAGCCCUCGCGCAGAGCAACAAGGUCGAUCCCGAGGCGGUGUGCCUCGACUUCGUGCACAUCGCUGACGCGGAGAAGGUGACGCACCGCUUCCUCCACAUCCUCGAGCCCAACGGCUCCUUCAAUCUGUACUACCCCAGCAAGACGCGGCAGCCGGAGGACGUGUUGUCGAUUUUCUGUGACGUCUGGUCGUCUUGGGCCGGGUUCCCCGACUAUAUCCAUUGCGACCAGGACGGGGCCUUCGAGGGCGCCUUCCUCGAUAAGAUGAGACACAUGGGUGUCGAGGUGGAGAUGGUGCCCGCGGAGGCACACUGGCAAGCAGGGCAGGUUGAAGCCUACAACCGGGCAUUCCGCUAUGCAGCGGAGAAGGCCGUCGAUGAGUUUCAGUUGGUCGGCGAGCUGGAUAUGAAGAUCCUGGGCGCGAUGGUUAGCGCUAGCCUCAACGAGAAGGUGAAAACCUGCGGAUGCUCCGCCAACCAGUGGGUUUUCGGCAAGGACCCAAAGAUGCCGUGGGACCUCCUGAGUCCCGACGGGCGCAUCGAGGCGCUGCAGGGCCUCGACGCUGACUAUGAGAUUCGUCGGCGACAACAAGUACGGGCAGCCUCCGACCAGAAGAUCGCCGA